GAAACGAUUCUUUACUUGGCGGAAUUUAUGUAUGAUAAACGUUUAUUCGCGCAUUUGUUUUUAAAAGGUAUGGAAAAUAGCGACUCAGAAUCUUCAGUUGAUCGAAAGAGUCUCGCAUCAGUUAUAAACCUGUUCGAGCAUUCUCACACGAGUUCAGUAUCGGCCUCGAGCAUGGAUAGUGAUGCGCAAUAUAUAACUUCAUCUGCUAACCAAAGCUUUAGAGGUGCUUCUACUUCAAAUAAAGAGUCCGUUCAGUAUGCAAAUGAGUCAAUAUAUUCUUUUUAUCUUAUUAGUCAUUUUGUUCGCGAACACAUUCCAAGCAUUUCAGGAAGGACAUCCACCCAGGACUUUAAUGCGUACAUCCUUGAAUAUAUUAAUUACAGCAAGCAAUCAAAAAGUGUCCAAGAAGCAUACAAGUUGGAAGAGCGCUUUUCUUCUAGUCAAAAAUCAUCUGCUGAUUUAAAUAUUUAUUCUAAUCCAUCAACUGCGCUUCCUGUUGAUGUUUUAAAAAAUUUGCAUUUACCACAGUACAGACCAGUACCUGCGCAUAAGCUAGGCAUUAUGUCAGAGGACUUAAGCUCAGCAUUUCCAAUUUUAAACUUUACAUCAAAACAACAACCUGAAAAUUCAGUUCAGCAGGUACCAUUACUAGAACCAUUAUCAUCAUCUCCCUUAAAGGUCACAUCAGUAAUAUUGCCAACAACGAUAAACACAUCACUGGAAAACCAAUCGGUUGGGCUAGCAAAUAAAUGUGAUAAUUCUCUAACGCAGUCAUAUGAUAAGAUACCUAUGCGACUAAUUUUAACUGAUGGGAAUCAAAAUUAUUCUGCAUAUAACUCAAGGAUAUAUGAUUAUAAUAAACAUUUUCAUGAACAUACAAAUUCUUUAACAGAUCGAAAUAUAAAUAACUCAGAACAGUCAACCGGAACUAAGUUUCCUCAUCCUGGAGGUGAUUCAGGGAAGUUCUAUCAAUUAUCCUUGUUUUGUUGCCAUAUUUACUACAGUAUAGACUAUACAAAACACUCAAAGAGCUAGUUACUUAUUGAUUUGAUAUUAUAUUAUCUGUCAUUAUGGAUGAUGACUAGAUCGGAAAUAAAUUACAUUGUCGUUCUCGUAGGUCGCUCCUAUAUUAUGUUGGUAUUUCACAUUAUGCACCCUUACAUAAUAAAUCAUGGGUAAUUGUUUCAGACACUAGGUAUUACGUGUGUUGAUGCCGACAAUAACACCAUAUAGGAAACAAUCGACGAAAAUAAACUCGCAUAGUUGUUUCUUAUUGUAUAUUUGCCAGUAAAAAAUUUAUGCGAAAAAUGUCAAUGUACUUCCAGAAUGUUGUGUGUGGUCACUUGAGUAACAAAGAACUGUCAAACUAAAAAGGUGGAGUUAGCGGAUGAACUGCUUUCAGAAACUGUAUCUUUCAGCUAAUAUUUCAAAAAUAUAACUUUAAGAGUACACCCUUCUAAUUUUGUACGUAACUUAAUGAUGUAGAAGUAAAAGUUGUUUAAGUUGAUAUGUUUUUGCAAUCUACUCAUAGCGUUUAUCCAUAUGCUUAAAACUAAAGAUCAAAGAAGGUCUGUUAUUAAAUUAACCACUAUCGUGUGAUGACUCACAGAUUGAAACCAUUCGUAUAUGUUUUGCAAGCAUUUAUAUAGUUUUAAGAUAGCUUUUUUCAUGAAAUGAUGUCAGUAGAGAAUAAAGAUCCCGGUCCUAUUCCACGUGAAGCUGUCGAUACGCACUGCUGAAGAGUCGCAAGUUGAAAGGAAGUAGCAUUCUGCUGCCUUCUGUAUUUUCUAGGUUCUUCAUUCUGUUUCACCUUUAAUUACAAAUGUUAUGAAAUACCAGUUCUUUAAAAGUACAUUUCAUAUUAAACGACUCUAAGAAACACAGUUUUUAUACAAGAGACUUGGGAUCACUCCCUCCUAUGUCUUAAAAUAUGGGUUCUUGUUACAAAAUUGACAUAGACUGGGUGAUGAAAAUAAUCAGACAACAGGUAAAGAUUAAACAACAAAAGAACAAACAAGAUAAAAAAAACAGUGUUUAGACGAUAUAACUUGAAUGACCUGAUCCACAAUGACGAUAAGGAACAAAAGGGUCCAACGGGUCAUUUGGUGAGUGUAGAUUUUGUUCAAUCUAUAGAGGCCAAAAAAUACUUCAGUUAUAUUCAUUUUUUUAAACUGCCUGAAUAUAAUGCCUUAUAAGUAUUGGUAUUUUCAAGAAAUUUGGUUCAAACGUUUGGUCCAUCGAUAUGCAAACCUAUGUAAUCAUGAAGUAACUGAAUACUUUUUAUGGCUACUAUGUUCAUUAGUUCAGGGCAAAUCUAUGAAUCUUUAUUUACAGCCUUAUCUACAAGUUUCAUAAACAGCAUCCUUUGAUUUCUUUAAAAUAUCAUUCAAAAUGUAACGUUUGUGUAAAGAUUCUGUAGUCUCUGCUUGAGUAAUCAGACAGUGAGCGAAUAUUAUGAUACCACGUUCAUUGAUUAAUUUAACCACUUCUUAAACCACACAGACAAUUUAUGAAAUCCUAGUUCUUGAAAUGUUGAAUGAAUGAUAGAAAAAUUAAACAAAGGAGAAUAUUAAAACGUCUAGUUGUAAUAGUAUUCUUUUUACUACUUGUAUGCUGAAGUUGUUUAAACAACAAAGUGUGAACAUGUUAUAUACUGAUAUUAAUUUAUCGGUUAUUAUUACGUAAUUCCUAAUUGCUAAGUUUAAGUGUUUUGCGACAAAAAACCUUUAGGCGUUAGGUUUGCGUCGGUUUUGAAGAAGUGUCCAAUACGUUAAAAAUCUUUGGAACCAUUUUAAAAUAAACUAUAUCCAUAUUGGUGACCAAUCAAGCCAUAAUUACUUACUUUAUAUGUGAAUUAACAAACGUUCUUACUAACUAAUUGUUUUAUGACUAAGACGCAUUUUAUUUUGAAUGAUUUGGCUCUGUGCACUAUGUAUCUACUAAGGCUAGAGACCCAAUACGGUCACACUCAGUGGUUUAUAAACAUGUUUAUAAGCAUGAGCAACCUUAAUUUAGUAAAGUGUAAAAAGAAGAAUAACUACCAAUACCUCCACUCUAAUCCUUAAAAUUUAUGCAAGCUAAGUAUGUAGGGAAUGAAAAGAGUUGAUAAUUUUAAUUUGAUUUUGGAGUCAAUCUAUAUUGACAGAUACAGAGUUCUAAUUCUCUUCUGUUAAUUUAAUUGGAAUUUGUGUAUUAUCAGAAUUCGGAAUUUUGUCAUCAUAUAAUUAUUUAAAGCAUUAAAUCUAAUACAUUGGUAGAUAACAAUAAAACAGUAGAUUCAGAAAUUUAUUUAAAGGAUAAUGGGGAGUCUGUGUAUAUUUUGUGAGUAUUAUAUGCUUCAAUAGUUUAGUUACAACUUCGAAAAAUUUAGCCCUUUUUAUAAAGUGAAAAAUAUGCAAAAUGCCUCAGGGUUAUUUAUUUGUUACCAUUUUCUGUAUGAGUUCAAGCAAUAAAAAAUUUUUAUACAAGCAUCAUCUAGUUGACUUUUCAAAUAGUUGAUAUAUACUAGUCUGAGGAUUAAGUCUUUCUCCGAAACUUUUCUCAUCGUAAAAGUGAGAACUAAUUAAGAAGAAAACAGUGUAAUAACAAAAAGAGAACACGAAUAACCUGCUCGUUUUCAAUGGUUUUAAUGUGAGUCGAAAGGAUUACGUUUGUUUUUAUUUGAUGUAAGGAUAAUUUUAAAUAUAUAUUUUUUGGAUAGCUGAGUAAAUAAAAUGUUUUAUGUUCUUAUUUUGAUUGUUGAAACUGAGAAAUUUCGAAAAAACUUAAUAAUUCUAAUAGGAAUUCUGUCGCAUUUUUAAAGAUAGAUAUUGCUAAUUACUGAUAGGUAGAAAUAUGUUCUUAAGAUUUACUACCCAAAUUAAGAUAAUAGGUCACAUACAU